AUGAUCGCUGACAAGCUGUUCGACCUCGGCCUCACUGCGGCGCAAAAGCUCCGCUACUGCGUAGAGAUCGAAGGUCAUCCCGACAACGCCUCGGCUUCUCUGUGCGGUGGUUUUGUCGUGUGCUGCGGGUUUGAGGAUGACGUCGCUCAGUCGAAAGGUGUGCCCAAUGUCUACGCCAGAAAGCUGCCCUACAGCGACAAGAUCAAGGCCGUCGUGGCGAUCCCCAACUUCGAGGUGUCCACCGAAAAGGCGAGGCAGGCUCUCCCGCCGACCUACUCGCGCGCCGACGUGGUGUUCAACCUUCAGCGGGUGGGCCUCAUGGCUGCCGCCCUCACCGACGACGGAAUCGAUGAGCCGUCCGUGGUUCGAGAGGCCAUGAAGGACAAGGUCCACCAGCCGUUCCGGAUGCAUCUGGUGCCUGGCCUGCAGAAAUGCCUCGCCCUGUCGUCUCAGAACACGCCCGGCGUGCUUGGUGUGUGCUUGUCCGGAUCCGGGUCCACCAUCUUGGCCCUGUGUCGGGACAACUUUAGCCGCGUGGGGGAGCGAAUGCAGGCGCUCCUGCAGCAGGCCGGCGUUCAGUGCCGCACCGCGACCCUCGACAUCGACCAGCGCGGAUCGCUGGUUCAGGACUUCUGA